AUGGGCAAGAAAGGAAGCGGCUGGUUUUCAACCGUCAAGAAAGUCUUCAAACCUUCCUCCAAGGAACUGCCGGAGAAGAAGAUCUCUGCUUUAACUACUCAUUUCCAAGCUAUUAGUCAGAUGAUUGAUGGGGUUUUCGUGGUGGAACCGCAUUGGGCAUAUGGUCCCCCAUCAACUUGGCUAAGAAUCCCCAUCAUUUCAAUCAAUCAAUCUUGCUAUUUUNAUAUUGGAUUACAUGCCAAUGAGCAUGAGAAGUCACAGUGGGGAUUGCAUUGGCUUGACCAGUGGAUUGCAUCUGAACACCACCAUGUCCACCCCACAGGGCCAUGUGAGAGCUCCUACGCGACAGUCACCACCACCACCACCACUGAUGACAUGUCAGUGAAAACAGUUGAAAUGGAUUUGGUCACACCACUGGGCUCGGAAAAUCUAAACACAGGCCGGAUCAGCAGGGAGACAGUUGAUUCAAUCCAGUAUUCAACUCAGCAGCAAAACCAGGGAAGCUCAGAUGGUGUCCCUAGCUACAUGGCCCCAACCCAAUCUGCCAAAGCUAAGGCGCGGAGUCAGGGCUCAGCCAAGCAGCGUAGCCCACCAUUGACACAAAGGAAUCCACCAUCAAAGAGAGGAACAGUGACUGGAAUAAGCUAUGACUCAUCAAAUUCAGGAGGAGGAACUGCAAGUUACCAGUUCCCAAGGAGUCCAAACCCAAAGGGUACUGCUGUUCGUGGACAGGGUAAAUGGAUUUCUAGCUAUAGCCCUGAUUAUAGCGGUGGCGGCGGCGACGAUAAGGCAUUGCAUUUGGGAGGCCAUGGUUGGAGAUAUAAUUUUGGUUGACUGUGUGAAAUAACACUAAUAAAUGUGUGAUGUUGGUAAGUAUUUAUUUCGUGUAAUGAUGUUGCAAAUAAUCUAUAUAGGGGUGG